GCUGUACAUACAAAUUUACAUAGGGCUUUAGUACUCAAUUUCACCCAAUUUUUUCCCCAUUUUUUUUUUGCUUGAUUUGUAUUGUACAAACCAUAAAAAUGAGUAGUUUUCCUGAAAUCGAAAAAAGUAUAAAUUCGCAAAUAACGGUGUACAGGAGCGUAAAAACAGGUCAACAUAUGUAAAUAAAAACAAAUGUUUCGCUAAAGUUCCGGUCGUGAGCCGUAGAAUUUUUACGGUAAUUACGGCGAACCCUAAGAUCAGUUCAAAAUGAGUGAGUCAGAACCGGUGCACAUUGAGUACGCCGACGAAACGGAACUGCUGACCGAGUUCCGGAACUUCAUGAGCGAUCCGGACACACGCGAAAAGGCCGCAAACUACCUGCUGAACUCGCUGAUUGACGAGUCGAUUCUGGGCAUCGUGUUCGAGGUUCAUCACGCGUACAAAACCGGUUCCGUAGCGGCCAUCGAGGGCCAACCGGAAGACCCCAAGUCGUUCACGAUCGUCGACAUGCCGGACAUGGACGUGUUCGGGUCGACCAACAGCAAAAAGGCCAUCGACUGCAGCUGCCCGAACUGCAACCGGAUUGUGGCCGCGUCCCGGUUCGCACCGCACCUGGAAAAGUGCAUGGGAAUGGGUCGCAACUCGUCUCGAAUUGCUAGUCGGCGCAUUGCCAACACUCGGGACGGCGGAAACUACUUCGGGGCCGACGAAGACGACGAGGACGAUGCGGACUGGUCCGGAGAGAAACGCAAGAAGAAAAUCGCCCCGGUCAGAACGAACGGCAGCAAGAAAAACGGUAAGACGUCAUGAAAAUAAUUGACACAGAUUGGAAUCGGGGCCGGCGGCGUAGUUUGCCGUCCCUGGCGGCUUCGAUCGGCGCGUUUGUUCGGGAAAGGUGAUAAAAGAUAAGUGGGUCGCGGGUGUGAGAUGCAUGCGAGUCGCUAGGUUUUUUCAAAUUGUCCUCGGCGUUUUCUUUCAAAUGGAGCGUCGUGGCUUGAUAGUGUACUACGAAAUUUACAAUUAACGUUUCAAUUUAACUGGGAAAAGAUCAACACAAAGCAUUAAUGUAUUAGAAAUUUAUUGUAACAUGUAACAAUUAUGAAAAUAUUCUUGAAAUGUGUAUAGGACGUCCGUGUUUAAUAUAUUAUACAGAAAAAUCAUUAAAUAGGAAGUACAGAAUCUGAAUACAGUAGUGUGAAGUACUUGGCGUAAA